GUUCAGUCAAGGUUGGUCGCUCGUCGUCAGCGUUUGCCUAAGUGAAAGUGCGCGUAGCUUGUCCCCACCGCUAGUGGGAUUAAGGUGGACUUCGGUUGUGGAGUGGUGAAAUGUGUACUAUGAAACAGUGAAAAGUGUGAAGAUUUUUUUUUAAGAGUGGAAGUGAGCAGUGGUGAAUGAAGAAAAUUUCCCUCGCGGGAGGUUAAACAGCUGGCACGGAAUGAAGUCUGGAAUGUUCGGUUUUCGUUGAACCGGAAGUCCCGGGGACAAGCUACGCGUACUAUUACUGGCCCAUCCUUGUCAAAUUUUGGCAUCUGGGUGGCCAGUUGGGGCCGAUUCUGGUGACGCCGAUCGGCGGAAAACUUUGGCCCAAACCGUAUGGAGGAUUUUUUUUCCAUCUUGGAAACCACCCUCUCUCACACUGCAUUGAGAAAGGUGCGUCAUCUGCGUGUUGUUGGUGUGCGAUAGCACCAACACCGCCGAGGAACAAAGGCAGCAACAUUAUUUGACUGUGUCGUCGGUCCGUUGGGUGUGUGUUUGGGCUGGCCAGAAACGUCGAGAACGGACGGGAAGAUGAACGAAAUCGUUGUGUUGAACGAGGGCUACUCGUACAUGGAAAAGGAUGACGACUCGGUGAUGAUAGCGAACUGCACCUGCACCUUGAUCAAAAGCCACGAUUGCAAUAUCAUAGUGGACACUAUGACCCCUUGGGAUGGCGAUCUACUUUUGCAAAGACUGCGGGAAAGUCGCCUGAAUCCCGAUGACAUCACUUGGGUGGUGAGCACACAUGGACACUCCGACCAUCUGGGGAAUAAUAAUCUGUUCCUAAAGGCCAAACAUAUCGUAGGAACUAAUGUAUCCCAGCGGAAUCGUUACUUCGUCCAUGAUUUCAGCCGAGCUCCCUAUCGCCUAACGGACACCAUCGAGAUCAUCGAAACGCCCGGUCACACGCUGUCAUGCGUCUCGGUGCUGGUCCGGGCUAGCAACCUAGCCCCAACCGGACUGGUUGUCAUCGUGGGGGACCUCUUCGAGCGGCAUCAGGACAUCGCCGACGAACGGCUGUGGCUGGAUGCCGGCAGUGAGAACCCCACGGCACAGCGUCGCAAUCGCGCGAAACUAGCGAUGCUGGCCGAUGUCAUAAUACCCGGCCACGGGGCACCGUUUCCGGUCGAUCAGCAGCUAAGAGCGAGCCUAAGCUCGCAGGUCCCACAAGGCGAGGAUUGAUCGGGCCGGCCGGAACGAAAGGGGGAGAGAAGUGGGAAGCCGAUGGUUGACGACGACCGGUCGUUUAACAUUCAAUAGAAAUUUAUCACUUAUUGCGUGAACCAAAAUAUUACACUUUAGAUUAGUUGUUGGCUUGUGUUAGUUUAUUCAAACUACAGUUAUCGAAGAUAAACACUACAAAUUUACCAUACUUAAUGCGUUAUUAUAAUUGCAAUUUUCGAGCAUUACGAAAGGAAAUUAAAAAAAAAGGAAAUUGGAUAGGAAUGAGUAAAUGGAAGGUUAAAAGAUUGAUAUGAACUGUUCACAGUAGUUUGGCAAAGUAGGGUAAAAUGCAGAACCGGAAUUAGCUUCAAAUAUUAGUUACAUAGAAAUGGCUUAUGUUCUACAGUUUGUAUUUAAAAACAGCUGGAAAAAAACUUUGCUGGAUUACUAAUCCUAAAGAAAAAUCAUACUAUAAACAACAAUAUAUUGAACGUGCACGAUAUUAAUAUGCAAUUUAUGAUCAUACAUGUAUGUUAGUGGAAUAAAAGUUUCAAGUUUCUUAACAAUAAUGUAUUUGUGACAUGGUAAAAAAACAAUUACGAAUUACAUCACUGAUUACCAAAAGAAACAAAAAACUAAAAAAUAAGUAGCAGUUUUAAAUGUUUAAUCUUUGUUCGGAGGCAACUAAAAUGUUCUACAUUCGCUGUUGAACAGUACCAAAUUCCAACAAAAAAAGGUUGUGCUGAGAAAAACACACUAAUAGCGAACAAAAAGUGUUUUGGUACCAGCCAGCUCUCUAGAAGCUCGGUUGGGCCACGCUUUAAAAAACAGGAAUGCCAAUGAACACACAAAAUAAACAAAAAAAAAUGCAUGAAAUUAAUCACUUAUUAUUGUUUAUUUGUUUAGUGAAACAUACAAUACACCGUUUCGACACGCGCCCCCCGCAACGGAUAUCCACUUGCCAGGGGCGCGCGAAACGUCUACACUUUUUUGGAUCUAAUUCGAUUUAAAACCGGAGAAUAACGACAACCAAUGGUAGCAACAUCUGGAAAUGCAGAAGAAAGCUAAUGUCACUUAUAUAAAAUUAAGUAAGAAAGAAAGAAAAAAAGAAAAUAAACAUUGUUACAGAAACAAGUGUGUUUACAACAUCGUAAAUACAUUGAAACUGAAAAUGAUCAUUCAUUCGAAGCAUAUAACUAUACUCAUCAAAACUUUCAUACCUAUGGAUAGAGAAGAAAAAAGAUCAUCAAAUAUAGCUUUAAGAAUAACCUCAUGCAAAACUGAUCGACGUUGGCAAUACCCGGAUUAAUUGGAAUCCGGGGAUUCUGCUUGGAAGAAAUAUUAUUAGUUUUGAGGUAUGAUUAAUAGAAUAAAGAGAAACUGUAAAAGAUACAUUUAUAGCAUGCAGCUGUAUCUUUUACAAUCGAAGAAUGACUUAUUGUAAAAAUAUUUCAAAAACAUUAAAUGAAACUGUAGAUCUAAGAUGUUACCAUAAGUAAGCAGCAGCAUGAAUAUUAAAGAGAAUACGGUUCAUAUACUGAAAAAAUAUGAACAAUAUGCAAUUGCAUAUUGCAAGACAUGUCUUGUUGAUAUAAGUAACAAAAAUGUUAUUGAUUGAAAAUUUAAACAACAUAUAACUAACCAAGUUAAACUAUUGAUAUGCUUUAAAUAAAGUAAGCAGCAGCAUGAUUUCACUAUAUACUAUCUGUAUGAAUAAUAGUUUUAAGGACUUAAUUAUGCAAUGCGACACAUUAUCCAGCAUAAUAUAGAUAAGCAUAUAUGAUAACCACUUGAUUGUAUCAAUGGAUUAAAGAAUCUGAUCACAAGCAAGUUAACUGCAACGGCAAAAACAUAAUAAAAAGAAAAAAACAAGCAACAAAAGAAAAACCAAGAACAAGAACGGCAAACUUACUGAAAAAACAAAUCAUAUGCACCCAAUGUACUGGUCCUAGAGAAGAAGGUGCGUUAUGAUUAUUACACAAAACAGAGAAGAACUUUCGAACGCCAACAACAACAAAAACAUGGAAUCACUGCAACUCGAAAGCCAUCAAAAACAAAUGAAAGUAAAACAAGAGAACCACUGUAUGAAAAAACGGAAAAAAAUGUGAGGCUAAAUAAAAUCAUAGCCCGCUGAAAGAAAAAAAACAAGAGAAGAACAAACAAA